AUGUUUGCGCUUCUUCUAUGGCUUGGCUUCGUCAACCAAUCACUCGCCCAGGCUAAUUCGACGGCCCUGGAAGGCUGGCAAUUCGAUGACAACACACGCUCUAGUUGGGACAUUUUCUGGACUUGUGUUUCAACAAUCCUUGCAUGCACAUGGACAGCCCUGCAUAUUUCUGUCCCAAGACGUGAUGAUACACAGGCAGGAUAUUUUUGGGUAAAGGCAGUGGCGUGGAUAUGCACGAUACUUGCCCCGGAGGCUAUGGCUGGAACUGCAGCCGAAGAGUUAUGGCAGGCAAGAUCUACAGCAGCACGCUGCAAUGCUGCUUUUCGCACAGCAUACGGCGGUGGAGGAGAUGCAGACCCAUCACUCACAGAAGAUUCAAAAAUACGAAAGACAGAAACGUCUGAGGGUCGCUGGGACACUGUCCAGGGGUUUUGCCUCGGUAUGAAUGGUGUGCUUCUACAGACCAAGGAUGAUUGGACAUAUCCAGUACACUGUAGCAACAUCGUUGCCCUAAUCAAAGCACGCGUCAUCAAGUCAUCUCAUUUGGGCACUAGAGACAUCCAAGACCGCGCCAAGGCUGACUCCUUUGCCAAAGGAUUUACUCUACUCCAAGCCUUAUGGGUGACUUGCAAUGUCAUUGGCAGAAAAGCAUCCGGCUUGCCAAUUACAGCUCUCGAGAUUACUACAGUGGCGUAUGUCGCCUGUGCUGCCGCUACAUACAUAACUUGGUGGAAUAAACCGAAAGAUAUGGUAACACCAAUCACGAUUUAUCUACCAUACGAUCGCGAUUCCGAGAGUAUGCCGCCUCAAGUCAGAGAUAUACUUAACGAAAAGGUUGAGAACUGGGUUCACUCGGAUGCUUUCGAAAGAGACACUGGCUCUCCGGUAUGGCAAAUCAUUGUCAAAGGCUUCCAUGUCCAACACAUUGUGUUAUCAUUGGUUUUUUCACCGUGGUUAUGGAAGGGGUUCUGGCAAGAGUUCAAGGAUGAUUGGGCUGUCAUAAUACAAAAUUGGCAGGCUCGAAAACCACCAGCUAGGCAUUCUGAUGGCAGCAAUGGUGGCCACCAAGAUGAGGAAAAUCCCCAGGAGACUGAAAAAGCAUGUCAAACCAAAAACGGUAGCCAUAUAGACAGGAAAAUCUGCCAUGGGCCGGAGCCAGAGCCAUUUGUCAUCAAUGGUGACCAUCGAAAUGAAGAAAUCCCCCGGGAUAUUAUAGCAGUAUCAGGGUCUCAACAGCCGAGAAAUGGGCCGAAAGUUGACGAAAUAUUGACCGUGACGGAAACUUGCCAAGGAGAAGAACCCCCGGUGAGGUCCUCCGAAGCCAGCAGAAUUGACUACCAAGAUGUGGAAACCCAUCAGGAAAUUGAGCCGCCAUAUGAGUCUCGACAUGCGGGACACUCACCAGAAGACGACGAAAGAAUGACGAUCACGGAAUGGACCAAUAUCACACAUUUCUAUAUGUUCGCUGCAUUGGUCUUUUGUGGAAUACAUGUUGCUGCGUACGUAUUACCAUUCCCUUUGAUAUUCUUCUUCAUGCUGGAUAAAACUGAGAACCGAGAAAUGUAG